UGCAUAUACACCGUACAGUCAUAUCCUGCGUUUGCCUGGACUACGAUCUCAAAUCUGGCCUCCGUCACACCCUGGAUCCGCCGUAUAUGUGGAUUGCGAGCGCGCCCAGCAAUUACCUACAAAGCAUGGGCUACUGGUAGCUUUCUUCUUCGCGCAUUCCACACAACCUCCACCAUGGCUUCCAACGACGUUCCCAUGGCCGACGCAGCGGCGCAAACCAUUGACGCAGCUCCCCAAGCCGGUCAGCAUAUAUCCCACGAAGGAAAGGAAUAUACUACCAUCAAGGAGGGCCUGGCGCAUAUUCUCGUCCCGCAUGGCGUGCCUACUUCGACCGACCCUAAACUGUCCAAGGAAGAGACCCAGAAACAGCAGGUCUUUUACAACCCUAUUCAGCAAUUCAAUCGCGAUCUAAGCGUCUUGGCCAUCAAGACGUUUGGCGAGGACUCUAUACGACGGAAAUUGAACAAGCACGAACAGUUCAGGAAGAAGAACGAGCGCAAGAGACAGCGCGCGCAAGCCAGUCGGGCAGCAGGAGAUGCGGCGGAACCAGUCGACGAAGCGCCCGAAACAUCCGGCGCCGAGGAUGAAGCGACCAGAAAGAGAAAGCUUGCGGAACUUGAACUUGAGAAUACUGCGGGUCCUUCCAAGAAGCAGAAAACCGCUCCAGAUGGGAGCGAGGAAGAAGUGGAGAGCGGAGAAAAAACAUCCUGGAAACCGCCCUUUAGUAUCCUGGACGCACUAUCUGCUACUGGCCUGCGUGCUCUCCGAUACGCUAAAGAGAUUCCCUUCGCAACCGCUAUCACUGCCAACGACAUGUCUCCCAAGGCGGUAGAAUCGAUCAAGCUCAACGUCAAGCAUAAUAAGCUAGAGGACACCAUUACGGCUAAUACAGGCAACGCUAUAGCCUACAUGUACAGCUUCUGCGACCGAAAGGGCUAUGAUGUCAUCGACCUCGAUCCAUACGGCACUGCCGCUCCUUUUAUCGAUGCCGCUAUUCAAGCCGUCAACGACGAUGGACUGCUCUGUGUCACCUGUACCGAUUCGGCCAUAUUUGCAUCACAUGGAUACUUGGAAAAGACUUACUCGCAAUAUGGCGGUCUGCCUUUCAAGGGCGAGCCAUGUCACGAGGGCGGACUGCGCUUGAUCUUACAUGCCAUAGCAUCCUCAGCUGCUCGCUAUGGCAUGGCCAUUGAGCCUUUACUGUCCCUCUCCAUCGACUAUUACAUUCGAGUUUUUGUGCGAGUGCGAAAAGCGCCCAACGAUGUGAAGCUACUCGCUGGCAAGACGAUGCUCGUAUACCACUGUGAAAGCGGCUGUGGCGCAUGGUCUACGCAGUUCCUUGCACGAAACAAGGUUACCAAGAACAAAAACGGCGACCCGAUGUAUAAGCAUGGCUUUGCUCAGGGACCUUCCGCGGAUCAGCAUUGCGAACAUUGCGGACAUAAGACCCACCUCUCGGGGCCAAUGUACGGUGGCCCGCUGCAUAACGUUGGCUUCAUCGAAAGAGUACUAGCACAGCUCAAUGAGGCUGACCGGCAGACGUACCCGACAAUGGAUCGCAUAGAGGGCAUGCUGCACACCGCGCUAGAGGAGAUCACGUUUGGAGCAAAGCUGGAAAAGUCGAAUGGCGCACAAAAGACGGAGGUUCUGGAUCCCCUCAUUCCCAAGGCAGAUCCUGCACAGAUAGACCAUCACCCCUUCUUCUUCAUACCCAGCGCAGUUGCCAAGGUAGUUCAUUGUUCCGCUCCGCCGUUGGCAGCACUACGGGGAGCACUACGACAUGCAGGGUUCAGGGUGACGAUGAGCCAUUGCAAGCCGGGAUCGAUCAAGACAGACGCGUCGUGGAAAGACAUUUGGCACGUUAUGCUUGAAUGGGUGCGGCAACGGGCGCCGCUCAAAAAUCCAAUCAAGAAGGGAAGCCCGGGACAUGCCAUAAUGGAAAAGGCCAGUGGGACCGGCUAUACCAGAAGCACCCCCCAAGAGUCAGCGCCUGUCGACUCGGCACCAACAGCGCAAGAGGAUGCCGAAAUGGCCGAUGGUGGCUCAGAGACAAACGGAGUAAAGCAGCUGCCAGCUUACCUCGAGACCAAGUUCGAGGUCAACUUUGACGAAAAGCUGGGCAGGGAUCAUGACCGGGGAAAGUACGUCCGCUACCAGCUUGCUCCACGCGAAAACUGGGGCCCAAUGGCACGCGCAAAAUAAUUCAGAUGUAACGAAUGAAAAAAUUGGCAAGUAGAGCGCCCCUGCUCGCACACGUUGUCGUUGCGAUGUCGCCUUGCAUUGUUUUGCAGACUCGUCUCCAAUAAUCAUCAUCUCCGCAUCUGCCAAAUAUGGGGCACACGUUGCGCAAGUCAAACGUCAUCGCACUUGUGCUGAGCCAGGACGACAGCAACCACCAAUGGCACCACCAGGUAGUUUCAAUUCAUCUCGUUCGUACGCCUUUCGUGCGUCUGUUGUUUUCCUCUCAGCCUAGGCGAUCAUUUUUCGAUUCUCACGCUACCUCCAGCAUCUUGGGCCGGGUU